AUGGCUGAGAUAUGCCUGAAUUUUCACCUCUGGGAUCUGAGGAAUGUGAGGUGCCUGCAGCACCAGCCAUCUUACUCCCGUUCCCCACUUUCGUUUAUAAAAAGCAUCAUCAUGCCUCAUCACCGUCAGAAGAGCAAAACCCAUGCCCGUAAGAAACGUCCCCGGGUUUGUGGUGAUAAUCAGGGUUGUGAGAGUGCCCAGGAAACUGCAACAGCUGCAUCAUCAUCACCACCACCACCAGUGCUUCAAAGUGGCACUGCUUCUUAUGAGGGCCAAUAUGAGGAAAGGGAGAACCCUUUUCAGGCCUUGAAACAGCUCUUUACCAGGGCAGAGACGCUGCACAUCACCCUUUGGAGACACAAAUGUGCAUUUGCUGAUAUUUUCAAGAGAGCCUGUGAGCACCUGAAGAAUGUCUUUGCAGUUGAAGUGAGAGAAGUUGAGUCAACUCAUCACUCCUAUAACCUCAUUAGUGUGCUGAACCUUCCCAGUAAUGGGCGGGUUCAGCCUGGAAGUGGAUACCCUAAGAGUGGUCUCCUGAUGAAUGUUCUGGCCAUCAUCUUCAUAACAGGCAACUGUGCUGCUGAAGAAGACAUCUGGAGAUUCUUGAAAAAGAUUCACAUAUAUCCUGGGAGGAAGCACCUGGUCUUUGGAGAGCCCAAGAAGCUCUUCACCCAAGAUUUGGUGAGGUUAAACUACCUGCAGUACUGGCAGGUGCCUGGCAGUCAUCCUGCACACCAUGAAUUUCUGUGGGGUCCGAAAGCCUGUGCUAACACCACCCAGAAGAAAGUCCUGAAGUUUUUGUCCAAGAUUAAUAAGGCUUUCCCUGCUUACUUCUCAUGGCUUUAUGAAAUCGCUGUAAGAGAUGAGGGACAAAAAGCCCUAAUUGCAGGUGCAGGCAAACCUGGCAGUGUUGCCAAACCUGUUGCAGUGUCCACACAUUCUGCUGCUUUGUCCUGCCUGUUGAUGUGUGAAGCUUUUGAUCAUCUACUUAAGGAGAGAGGAUAUCACUAUAGGGAAUUUUCUUGA